UUAGUUGACAAUCAAAUAUACGUUAUAACACAUCAUGUUGUUUUUCCUCCUGUAUAUCGGGUCAUUCCUGGCUGUAGGAUCUGUGGCGUUUAAGCCGACCAUUGGUCAAGGAGAUGACCCCUCCAUGUAUACUCACGAGAGUAUUACUCUGGAGGGAGUGGAGAGGGCGGCCGCCAAAUUCCUUACUUCAAGUGGAAUAUAUAACACUUCAACAAAAGAUCCCAAAAUCCUUGUCAAAGAAUAUUUUGGAUCAGAUACAAACAGUUACCAAGACUACCAGCAGCGAGGUCGAGAGUUCGCGGCAGCCGUAAUGAAGGUCUAUAAGACAUACCAUACCAACCCGGAAUACACCGUCAACUCAGAGCAGAUAGCGCCAGCCGACAAUCUUGUCCAGGCAACGCGGUUAGAGAUAGCGUCCAUCCUAUCAUCAGGACCGUUAAAUGAUGCGAAGAUGAACAUUAUGGUGGAUAAAGUGGGGAAGUGUUUAAUGAUCAUCCAGUCCUUCUACAGUAACACGAACUGGAUAGAGAUGAUGGUGAAUGGUGGAGAGUCGUACCUAAAUUUCGGAACUCUUGCCUCCUUUAAUGUGAAAGUUGCCGCACCAGAUACUGUGACCUGCCGUAACUGUGACGACACCGUGGCUAAUUCGUGUAACAACAACUUGCUGAUCCACGACCGUUUGACCAGUGGCUAUCUGUAUGGUCAACUGCUUUAUCCGAAACCGAAAGCCGAUCCUCUCGCUACUGAGGGUAAAUGUAGUCACGGUGGAGUGAAUGACUUCGGGAAGAACACAGCAGCGACAGGAGGGAUAAACAAGGAGACUCCGGACUGGAACUGGUCUCCGCACGCACAUCUACACAACAUCUCCGGACUGACAGCGGUCAGAGCGACGGAAGCAUUCUUCAUUGACGCCACGACAGGUUUAUUUAGAGGAGUUGACCUGACGACCAUGGAGAAAAUAUUCAAAUUAAAAAGAGUGACUCAUGAGCUAACACUGGGGUUUGUUAUUGAUGUCACUGGAUCGAUGGCAAAUGAUAUCCGGUCAGUCAAGGACACUCUGAUCCGAAAGUUGUCAGACGUUAUUGGAACACAGAACGCACCGACCAAGUAUGUCCUGGCGACAUUUAGUGACCCAGCAAACCUGACAACGGUCGCCACGACACCAGACGGUAACGAGAUGAUACGGUGGAUAGAAAGGCUGAUAGUAGAUGGGGGAGGUGAUUGUCCCGAAUUUGCCAUGUCUGGAGUACGAGCUGCGAUCAAUGCAUCUGAUCCCUAUUCUAAAAUCUACGUCGCCACGGAUGCUGACGCCAAAGAUGCCAAUAUGACUGACUUGGCAAUAAAGGAAGCUAAUGCGAAACAUAUCACAAUGCAGUUCAUACUGACAGGCAAUUGUUCUGGGUCUAGUCGACGUCGUAGAGACUCACCGUUGCUACGAACAAGAAGUUUGUCACCGUUUGAGAGCCUUGCUAUUAGCACUGGAGGUAGUGUUUACCAUGUAGACCAUAAUGAGGUCACCGCUGUUCUGGAUCAUGUCCUGGAGAAAGAUUUCCCGUCCUCUGAAGCCAUCAUCGACUACUUUGUCCGGACUACGUCAGACAACGACACCAUGGAUAUCAUUGUUGAUAGUGCGGCAGCCGUCCUUGUUAUCACAAUAAAUGGCCCGUACACUCUGUCUCAGGCGUCAUUGGCUCUUCCUAAUGGAACUCCCCAAACUUUCCCGACGAAACAUGCUACUCAAUACUUAUCCAGUCAUACGAUUACAAUGUCCAUCCAGAGACCAUCACCUGGUAUUUGGAAGUUGACCCGACGUAGCGGUUCCUCAUGGACAGUAAACGUAACAGCGUCCACUUAUCUGGACAUUGACAGCCAGCUUAAAGAAACAGAAUCCGGAAUAUCGUAUGUAGUGGACAAUAAUCCUAUUAUAGGUGAAAACUACACCCUGGAAGUCCUCGCCUACAAUCUAAACUCGUCGUCGUCAUCGUUCAAUCUACAUCUACUAGACGACCAGGGAGCGGUCUUGUAUAGUCAGCCAGUGGAUAUCACGUUUGGUUCUUCAAAAAUAAAUGGAUACGUGCCAAUUGUAGCGCCAUCAGAGAAUUUCUAUGUACAGUUAAGUGGUAUUGAUGAAAAUAAUUUCCAAUUCAAGAGGAUGUCUAGGAAGCUAACAAAACCUGUUGGCGUGGAGUUAUAUGUUCAACCCAUAUUUGGAAACCUUGAUGUCGGAAUAGUCCACAAUAUAACAUAUACACUCAGUAACCUGGGUAGUUCCUCCCAGAUCUAUACUGUCAGUAUUACCGACGACAAGGGAAGGAUUCAAAGUCCACUCUCUCAACAGAAAAUACUACCUGUAGGGAAUUCCACAAGUGGAUAUUUCCAGAUAUCGAGUCUGCAUGAAUUGGAAUAUGUGACAUACACUGUGAGCGUGAAACUGUCGGGGUCUACAUCAGUCCUUCAGUCAACUACAUCAACAGUGAUGUUUGCUGGACCCGUGUGUUCUUCCUUUGUGUCCCGGAAGUGCAGCUUGGUAAAUACCGGAAGUAACUGUACUUUGUCAACAUGGUCGGCCACAGCUGUUUUUUCAUUUGAUGUAUCAACUUACAAGAAUAUCACAAAUGUCUCAAUGACCAUAGACUCUGUUGAUAGGAAACGUUUACAUAUCAGGGGGAUAUGUUGUCAAAACAACUUCACGGUGAAUGCUAAGUCGUCAGGCGGAGGAAGUGGGUGCGAUACGUCACAAAACGUCGUAGCUUCAGGCGAAGAAGACAUAUUUAUGGUUAAAGUGAUUGAUGAAGUCAAACCCGACGGUUCUAAUGAAACAUAUCGAAAUGACAGUAAACCACACCACGUGUCCGUCACCAAGGCGAGUUCUAAAUUUGGAAUUAUAGUUGGUUCCGCGGUUGGAUCUGCAGCUGCCAUCGUCGCUGUUGCGGUUGGAAUAAUUAUAUACAAAGCAUGUACCGCUAAAAAGACGAAAACGGCAAGGAUACAUGUAGAUCCCGUCAGUCAUAUAAACACUCCAAUGUCAGAGUACAAACAAACCAAGAUGCGUUCAAAUUACAGAUAUUAAUAAUUCAGAUUAAGUAAGCAUUAGCUGCUCCGUGAGAUGAAUCCUAUACCUUAUAUAUAUAUUAUUAUAAAUAUGUAUGUAAUUACUUAUUAUACAGUUGUAUAUACAAUUUAAAUGUCAAGCAAACUAUGUUUGCGUCUUGUAAUGUUUUUUUUUUAUGUUUAUCAAUGCGAAAUGACUACUUCUUUUGAGAGAACACAAAUACCUACAUGUAUAUGAUUUCCUUGUAAGGACGUAAUUGAAAUAAAAUAUAUUGUAAAG